AUGGCUGAGCGGCUUUCUUGUCUCCUCCCUCGCUUGAUGUCAGAAGAACAAGGGGCAUUCCAAAAGGGCAAUAUAAUUUCAGCAAACAUUGGCUUGGCAUCGGAGCUGGCAAACUUGUUACACACCUCUGUUAGGGGCGGUGGUAUGGGGAUCAAGGUGGAUGUGCAAAAGGCCUACGACACGUUGUCAUGGAACUUCCUCUUUGCGGUGUUGAAGAAGUUUGGCUUCUCAAAUGUAUGGUUGAGCUGGAAUCAUGAGAUUUUGAUUUCUUCUAGAAUUUCUAUUUUGUUUAAUGGUGGUCCAGUUGGCUUCUUCGGUGUGGAGCGGGGUUUGAGGCAAGAAGAUCCAAUUUCCCCUAUGCUAUUCAUCUUAGCAGAGGAAGUUCUAUGUAGGGGUUUGAAUGGUUUAUUGAAGGAGGGGGAAAAUAAAGGCUCUCCUUGGGCCGAAAGGGGCUAUGGUUCCUAG